GGAUAUCCUCUUUUGCUUUGGUGGUCAAACUGUCCCAAGUCGUCAGCUGUUCUGCUAGCAUUCAUACACCCUGUUAGCAUUCAUCUACCCUCUGUUUCUUUAGGAGCUCUGUGUGCGUGCACGUGUGUGUGUGUGGUUCGUAAUCUCAAAAAACAUUCAACUUGUUUAAAGACACUUUUAAACUAUUCUUAACACUGUAUCGAUCAUCACAUUUUAAUGUGCUAUGCAGUAUUUUGGCAGGUAACCUAGGAGACGACUCCAUUAUUAUGCUACAAGCAUAAUAAUCCCGUAUGCUACACACACACAUACAAAAAUAAAGAAACUAUAGAGAGUUAGAGAGUACACAUUCAAAUAAAUCCUUUAAUAUACAGUUUACACGAGUAACAUAAUAUUACUUGUUCUUUACUACAGUAUAUGGUUAAUACAUUCUGUUAUAACUCCCCGGUCUAAAUAUAUUUACCUCUGAGCUUUUCCGGCCAGGCGGGUAAGCUGAAUACAACCAUUUUUAUAAAAAGUUAUUUUUAAAUGGUUUUAUUAAAAUGUAUUAACCAUGCUUCAAAACAUGUUUUCUUAUGAGUUCCUUAACUCAUUUCAUUCACUGCCUGUAUAUGUUGCUAGAUGACAAUGUCUGUGGACUGUGUGACUCCAUGGUUCUGACUUGUUAUACUUGGCAAUGUUUGAGGGCGUGCUCUCACGGAAGGCUGAAGGGAUAUUAUUCACUCGGAUAUUAAUGAACACAGAGAGAGAUAUAUAAGUUCGUCCAAAAUGUGGACACACGGCAACCGCCUCCCGCCUACUCCGAUCCGACUUUUUAGUUGGCCAGGCUGGCGGCGAGCACUUCACUUCUGUGCGCGCUUGCCAACAGACCGGUGCUUAUCGUCUGCUACCGGCCUCUGCUCCUCUCUCGGCCACAUUUUCCAAGGAAUCGCCACACAACUGAAUCGGUGGCACAGUAGUGUACAGACAAGCCAUGGGGAAAUCCAAAGGAGGCAAGGACCUGGAGAGCCCUGAAGUCAAGUCAAAGACAGACAGUGAGGACGAGAUCAUUGAGCGAGGGAACUGGUCUCGGAAGCUGGAAUUUUUUCUCUCCUGUCUCAGCUACGCCGUGGGCCUCGGCAAUGUCUGGCGCUUCCCUUAUAUUUGUGCCAGAAAUGGCGGAGGUGCCUUCAUGAUACCUUUCCUGUGUAUGCUGUUGAUCACUGGGAUACCCUUGGUAUUCAUGGAAAUGGCCUUUGGCCAGUUUGCCAGCUGCGGGGUCGUCUCCGUGUGGAGCGUCUGCCCUCUCUUCGAAGGUGUGGGCUGGGCCAUGUUCGUGGUUUCCGUAUUGAUUGCAAUAUACUACAACAUGAUCAUAGCCUGGACCCUGUACUACCUCUUCGCGUCCUUCACCAAAACACUGCCCUGGAGCUUUUGUGGUGUCUGGAGUUCAGAUGGCUGCUUUGAGGAUCGCGCGGAGAUCAGCAACUGCACGAGGUUUGGUGGUGUGUGGUACAACAGUUCCUGCAAGACGAUGGACUCGGUCGGUCUGGAGGAGUUUCUCCACAUCCAGAACAUCACCAACCAUUCCUCACUCGAGCACCAUUCUCCAAGCGACGACUACUUUCACAAAGUAGUUCUCGACAUCACCAAAGGCAUCAAUGACAUGGGCGAGGUGAGGUGGGAGUUAGCCCUGUGCCUGCUGCUGGCCUGGCUGCUAGUCUGUAUCUGUCUCGCCAAGGGAAUAAAGACCUCUGGCAAGGCAGUAUACGUUACAGCAUUUUUCCCCUACUUGGUUCUGACCAUACUUCUUGUCCGAGGCGUGACCCUGAAGGGCUCCGGAGACGGCAUCCUCUACUUCCUUACACCUCAGUGGGAUCAGCUUCUGAAUGCCAAGGUAUGGGCAGAUGCAGCUGUACAGAUCUUCUUUUCUCUGUCUCCAUGCUGGGGUGGCCUCAUAACACUAUCCAGCUACAACAAGUUCCACAACAACUGCAUGUUAGACGCAGUUCUGGUGUCUGUGAUGGACUGCCUGACUAGUGUCUUCGCUGGUCUUGUCAUCUUCGCCAUCAUUGGUUACAUGGCGAACGAACUUCAUGUGGGGGUCAAGGAAGUUGCAACUGAAGGGGCUGGCUUGGCUUUUGUGGUGUACCCUGAAAUUGUGACGAAGCUACCUGUGUCACAGCUCUGGUCCAUCCUCUUCUUUGCUAUGCUCAUCACGCUGGGACUUGGCACACAGAUCGCCACUGUCACCACUGUGCAUACUACUCUGAUUGACCAGUUCCCACAUGUGUUUCGCCAGGGCCGCCGUUCGCUCAUUUUACUAUUCAUAAUUUCUGGAUCCUGCUACCUAAUGGGUCUAGCCUUCUGUGCCAAGGGUGGGAUGUACGUUCUACAGCUAUUUGACAAUUACGCCGCUACAUACUCUCUCCUCUUCAUUGGUCUUGUGGAAUGCAUGACCCUUUCAUGGGUGUACGGCACGGAUCGGUUUUUUUUCGACAUUGAACUGAUGCUGGGGUCAAGGCCACACUGGAUGUGGAGCAUCGUAUGGCGAUUCGUGGCGCCACUGUCGCUGGCGGUGAUCCUCAUCUUUACCUGCGUUAACUUCAGCCCCACCAAGUACGACACCUACGUCUUCCCCGCCUGGGCAGAUGGCUUGGGGUUUAUUUUGACACUGACCUCCAUCUUAGCCAUCCCUGCUGUAGGGCUCUUUAAACUAUUUAUGGAAAUGCGAAAUACGCGACAUUCUUUCUUACAGUGCGCGCGCAAGCUGUUAAAGCCGCUGCCCAAGUGGGGCCCGGCACUGAAGGAACAUCGCCUCGAGCGAGCCACCAUCGACGACAUCGACGUCUCGGCCUUCGAGUCGCAGGUUCCGCUGACAAUCAGCUCCGUGAAUGGCAUUAACUCUUCUUUCCCGCACCCGACGAACAGCAGACUGUGAUUUCGUCAGGUUGAUGUAGUUACACCUCUCUUGUACCCAGGGGGAAAAAGUCCUGCUGUGAUUUCCUCGCAGGGUGUCUGCUUCCUUGUCACAAAAAACGAGGGGAAGUAAAGAGAGGGGUUCGGGUACCUUUUGCAAAGGACUGUAAAGCAACAGUAUCUCAUCAUGGGACUAAGAAUAAGCCAAAUUUACCAGGGUCAGUUAACUGAUUGGAACAGGACAAUGUUUCAGUCUUCAGCACGCAGAGAGAAACAGCAGCAUGGAUGCAUGUUGUCUUUUAAGAUGUCGGGCUCUAUCUGUUCUCUUGUAUAACCGUGUGAAUAUCUUGCCUUUGAAUAUUGUAUCAUGACCCCUGCCUUGCAUAUUAAGAUCGGGCCUACAUAUUGAAGGUCUAGCCUAUAUUAUGAGGUGGCCUAUAUGCUGUGCUUUGGAUGAUGAGCAAAACCCAGUCUUGUGUCAUUAUGUUCUGGUCGAAACACUAAGAUAUGGUUUCAGCUGGCUCCAAGGGUAUGAUCUGUUCUCAGUACUAUCAUCUAGUCUCAAUACUAAGAUUUAGUCUAACUAUUGAGAUUUUUACAAUCUUGGAUUGGCCUUGGGCAGGUAACAUGUUGGUAAGAAUAUGAACUAUAGCUUGGUUAGCCUCAGGUGAUUAUGUAUCGUACAAAGUGGAUACAAAGACCGUCUUGUAUCAGUGUUUGCUUAUUUAAUAACCACUUGUUUAGUUGUCAGGUACCUCCUCGCGCCUCAUGUAUACUUACAUGGUACUUGGAGUUUUCUCUUGCCAUCUUGUUGCAAUAGUUGAUUAACCCCUUUAGCCCUGGUCAAGGAGCUAUUAUGGAUGCGUUGUAAGCGAAGGGUGAUCUAACAAACAAAAUCAUUGAUUCAAGUGCAUCAUUUAACAGGCUGAACUAAUGUAGUAGUACAAAAAAGAUAAAGACUGCUUGUACAAAAAAUAAAUACGUAUUUUUCUAGUUUCCGCUUUGCCCACGAUAUUUUAAAUUGUUCUUCAACGAAAUCAUUCACUGGGUAAAGAUGAUUAAAAUACUCUGUAGACUUCCUUGAAAUUUCACACUAUUGUCUGCACUCAAAGGCGCCACCUAUGAUAAGGCUAUGACGAAUUAUCCUGAGUGUGAAUCUCAGUAGAGACAGCAGUGGACAUGAAUUUUAUCCUGUAGGUUGAGUUGCAGCGAACAGGUUUUAAAGCAACACACAUAAAUUACUCUCACGCUUUCAGCUCUUCAUAACUCAAAUGGAAAUUUCAAAACACCCAGAAUAAGGGAGAGAAUAUGUAUGCAUGAAUUAUUUGCUAACAACUCUAAUGGGUAACAACACUAACUCAGUGAGAUAGAGACUAUUGUUAUAGUCCAAAAGUUGUCGAAAAAGAAAAAAAUGGACCACUCAUGAUUUUUUUAAUGAGCCAUUAGGCCAAAGUACCAUAGACAAAAUACAGACUACCCUCGAGUCUAGACUGGAAUGUAUCACACAGGACCCAGUGCUGAAAUAAAAUCCAAGAAAAGAGCACAAAAACUAGCCACAACCAAACACUACACUCACACUCAAGCUCUUCAAUAUUUUUAAAGAUGGAUUCUAUGUAAAAGCCUGCUUUUUGUGUAAGUUUAUUCCACGGUGCGCGUGCGUGCGUACAUGUGAGCGUGAAUGAGUACACACUGUACACUGCUGAUCACUGUGAUAUUGUAACACGGUACCGGUGAUCUGAGUAGGCAAAGGGUAAAGGAGAAAUAUUUCAUUCGCAAACUUUCUUUUUUUCUGUUGUUAAUUUCUUAUCCAAAAUUACAAAGGAAAAAGUCAUUUUGAGACGUUUCCAUGGUUCCGACACUGCUGCUGUUUGACAAGCAUCAAAGGGGCUUACACUCUGUCAGACAAAUCUUUUAAUAGUUCAAUUUGGAUUGACUGGCAAUAGAGUACAUGUAUUCUGAGAUGAAUAAUUGACAACUAUAAGCUAGUUUCGUCUUUACUUCUCCAGGUUAAAGAGUCACAUCUCAGUGUUUAAAGGAUACGUUGCGAACUUGCCUUCUCUGUAAGCGAAUAUCUAUUUUCACAUAGUGUGUUUGUUUCAUCUGUUAACGAGCGAUUUGAUUGUUGUAUCACGCGACAGUUUUGUGCAUGAAAAAAAUGAAACAUUGUAUAGCUGUCCUAAUAAUAAUUAAGUUUGUUUCAUACAUUAUAUACGUAAAGCUGUUUUCCGUUCGAGGAAAACAGAGCUCAUUCCUCUCGAUUUCAUAUUAAUAAGUUACCCCCUCCACCUACUAAACAGAUAUAUCAGUAAUUGUCCUUAAAAUCGAAAGAACUUCGUCGAGGGGUAGUACUGUGUUCCAUGCUUAAUUUCUCUAAGGACUGGUUGAGGAGGGGAUGGAGAAAUGCUGCACAUAUUCAUAUCAGUAUUUAUCAAACGCUUACAAAAAAUCGACUGCCGAACCUAAAUAUUCGAAUUUGUUGUUAUUUACGCAGCUGUUUGCUAUUGUUCUUCUACUUAUAUUUAGCUCUUGCACAGUAAAUAUGUGUGCAGUGUACUCUAUGAUGAUGGCUGCCAGAAUCUGCAGACGUUUUAAUUUGUAGUCUGGUUGUCUGAUUCAUCCACAGGAUAGAUAAUGUACAUCAUAAACCAACCCAUGACAGGCUUAUAUUACACUAUACAUAUUCUACUGAUAUGUAAGACGACCAUAGUGUACAUUCUCUUGAUAUUUGUAAACAUAGUAUUUACUGUUUAUCCUCAAACAUUUCAGAUGAAUGACUCUAAAUAAAUAUGUUAUGGGCCAACUGUGAGCAUCGUUAACUCCACACUAUCUUAUCAUGCUGUCUACAUGUAACAAGCGGAGGUAGACCAAAAAUUCUGAAUCUGGAAAAGAUUCUGUCAUUUUAGUUAUAUCUUUAUUUUAGCAUAUCGUCAACCAGCUUUCUCUUUUUCUCAUGAUCUGUGUGUGUGUGUCGUCCACAUAUAACUCUUGCCUCUCUCGUAGACUUAACUUUUCAACUGAAAAUGUUUUGCUUUUAAAAGAACUUUGCCGAGUUAGUUUUUAAUAUCUGUGAAAUAGAAAUAUCAUACUGUGGAAAUGAUCAAAGAAUAUAUGCCUUUUCAUUAGAUAUACCACUCGAAACACUACUCUGCUCUCCCUCACUUGUGGUUCCCUUUGCGGUCUUCAAUUAAAGUUUAGCAGUGCUUACGAAAAUAUUAUUUGAAUUAUGCUUUAUUUCAGCCAUUUUGUUUUCCUUUGAUUUUGAAUGUGGCCUGUGCAUGUGUUCUUCAAUCAUCGGUAAUACAUGAGUGACUUACAGAACUACACUUUACCAACUGAAAUGCUACACAUCAGUAAUGAUAGAUUCUCGGGAACAAAUCCUGCAGAAUGGCAGCUAUUUUAAGUUUUGGAAAGAAACCAGUUCAAAAUCAAGUACAAGGCGUGUAAUAUUUAAAAUAUCUCAGUCUACCUAUAGUCAGGCAAUAAUUAUUUCAUCAUAUUCACUCACUUUCAAAAUGCAUUAGUUCAAAUCAUGCAAAAUCAAUCUGUACACUUUCUUCAUUCCUAUGUCCAUCUUCGAUAAUUUUACCACAAAGUCAAUAAAAAACUGAAAAGUCCACUCUUACUGUAUUCUAACAGGCUGUUUCAUCUGAUUUUAAAAUAUAAGCAUGAUUAAUCUUGUUUAGAGGUAAGAGAGUGGUUGAAAGCUCUCGAAGGCAUAGACAUUGUUUAAUACGAUUCCUGUCACCUCGUGUAAGCCCACGUUACAAUAUUGUAUGUCAUAUUGAUGCAGCAUAAAAGCAAUGUGUUUGCGGACUUUAUUAAUUAGUAAAUUAUCACUAAUGAUAAUGACCAGUAAAAUUACCGCUGAAUGUAAUGACCAGCUAAAUUACAACUAAUUUUAAUGGUCAACUUAAUUAUUGCUGAUUGUAAUGGAUGUAUAAAGUACUACUGGUGCAUAGAUAGACUUGUAUUUGUUAUUGCAAACAGCUUCUUCAAUAGAACUUAAAUUUGUGAAAGGGACAGUUUUCUGUUUCUAUUUAUGAUUAUUUGUAAAGUCUAGAAUAUACUGUUUGAAUGCUUGUCUUUCAGAGAUAAAAUAUUUUUUGCUGUGAAUUAAAGGUCGAUUGAGUU